CGCCGGUGUUCGCAGCGCGCUGGUCACUUCCUUCCUCGGCCGGGAUGGGCGGCGCGGGACUGAGUGAUCGGCAUCGCGUCGGGCGGGUAAUCCCCAUCUGAUCUGCUGCCUGUGAGCUGCCGACUGCCGGGGCGCGCGAGCCUGGGGGGCCCGGGCAGCGCGGCGAUGACCUGAUCCGGAGCCCGCCAGGGCGCCCCCUCCUUCCCUCCCUCCCUCUCUCCCUCCGAGCCUGCGGAGACCGGCUCGGUGCGGCGGCCCCGGGCGGACCAUGGCAGGGAGCUCCAGUUAAAGGCGUGUGGGCGCCGAGCUGGAGAGGACACCUUCGGCAUCGCUGCCUUUUGAGGGGGCUUAUUUAAACUACUGAGUCAUUCCAGAUUUAGGCUUCCCUAAAUAAUCACCAACUGUGCCCGUCUCGUGCCGGAAAGCAAGCUGGUAGAGAAGGAGCGCCCGCUCUCGGGACCCCGCGGAUCGCCUCUCUGGGUUUCUCCCCGAGGGGUGCUUGGCCCUCGAGGAUCUCCCUCCCUUCCGCCCUCCCUCCCCUUCCCUCGCCUCCCGCUCUCUUCGCAGUGUUGCUGGCCGGGAGUCGCGCUCAUCGCAGCUGGGAACAGCUGCCCCCGCCCCGCGACCCUACCCAGAUUCUGGGCACGUUCCCACUUGGCGCCUGUCGGAAGUCGGGCGGGCGGCCCCUGGAGAACCGCAGCCGGCGCGAUGCCUCCCGUAGACCUCACCCAGCCGGGACGGACCUCCUAAUCUCCAGAACUGCGGGCCGCAGGGAGUUAAAUUGCUGCCUUCCUCUCCUCUCUGGCGGUUGGUGGCUCAUUUUCUAAAGGAACGUUUUAUUCACUUUUUAGUAUUUUCUACCGGGGACACGCUACCCGCCUCGGUGCAGACUCAGCUUUGUAAACGGGUUUUCUAUGUAUGUAUGUGUAGCUAUACUUCGGACACCUUACAACGCUUGCGCCUCUCCCAGUGGGGCACGGCUGGUUGUUUUGGACAUCCUUCUUCCCCUUCCACUUGGUACCCUGAACGCAGUGUGACCAAACUCUCUCCUGCCCCUUGGACGCCGAUCGCCUUGGGGUGCAAGUUUGGGGUGCAAACGUCUACUUCGCUGGAAGGCCUGGGACCGCCCCGCCCCCGCCGCCAGCGGUUGGGGAAGUUUACAUCUGGAUUUUCACACAUUUUGUCGCCACUGCCCAGACUCUGACUAACCUUGCGGGCGCCGGGUUUUCGGUACUGCAGCCUACUCAAGUAUUAGCACUGCCUCCCCGCGCCGGCCCUGUCCCUCCAGGCCGCCGAGGUCCUGCCCUCGCCCGGCGGAGCGCCAUCCCGAGGGCGCAGUGGAGCCUGGGGCCUGGGGCCCGCGCUGAGCAGCUAUGGCUGCGGCGAUAGCCAGCUCCUUGAUCCGGCAGAAGCGGCAGGCGAGGGAGUCCAACAGCGACCGGGUGUCGGCCUCCAAGCGCCGCUCCAGCCCCAGCAAAGACGGGCGCUCCUUGUGUGAGAGGCACGUCCUCGGGGUGUUCAGCAAAGUGCGCUUCUGCAGCGGCCGCAAGAGGCCGGUGAGGAGGAGACCAGAACCCCAGCUGAAAGGAAUUGUGACAAGGUUAUUCAGCCAGCAGGGAUAUUUCCUGCAGAUGCACCCAGAUGGUGCCAUUGACGGGACCAAGGACGAAAACAGCGACUACACCCUCUUCAAUCUAAUUCCCGUGGGCCUGCGUGUGGUGGCCAUCCAAGGGGUGAAGGCCAGCCUCUAUGUGGCCAUGAAUGGUGAAGGCUAUCUUUACAGCUCAGAUGUCUUCACUCCAGAAUGCAAGUUUAAGGAAUCCGUGUUCGAGAACUACUACGUGAUCUACUCUUCCACACUGUACCGCCAGCAAGAAUCGGGCCGAGCGUGGUUUUUGGGACUCAAUAAAGAAGGUCAAAUUAUGAAGGGAAACAGAGUGAAAAAAACCAAGCCCUCAUCACAUUUUGUACCAAAACCUAUUGAAGUGUGUAUGUACAGAGAACCAUCACUACAUGAAAUUGGAGAAAAACAGGGGCGUUCGAGGAAAAGUUCUGGAACACCAACCAUGAAUGGAGGCAAAGUCGUCAAUCAAGAUUCAACAUAGUUGAGAACUCUUCUCUUCCUCCCUCGCUCAUCCCGUUCCUUUCUCUCCCCUCCCCUUUUACCCAUUCCCUUCCAGUAAACUCACCCAAGGAGAGGAAAAUAAAAUGGCAACGCAGGACCUAGUGGCUAAGAUUCUACACUCAAAACACUCCUUUAUGUAGGACAAGAAAAUUGAACCAAAGCUUGCCUGUUGCAAUGUGGUAGAAAAUUCACAUGCACAAAGAUUAGCACACAUAAAAGCAAAGGAAAAAAAUAAAUUGAGACUCCACAAACAUUAAAUUUAACUGCGUUGUUAUUAAUAGAGGGCUAAUUGUAAUGAAGCCAUAACUAUAAUAAAGAUAAAGUUAAUGCUUUGAAGAAAAGGGUUUUAGGGAAUUGAGCUUACAAAUUGAUGUUAUAAACUGAAUUGCUUAAACUCUGAAUAAUGCUGUGAUGAGUGGUUUGGUUUAAUUUUAUAUUUUCCUUAAUCAUCUAGAAUUAACACACAAUUACAUCCUGUUUUCAUAUUUUUGUUUUUAACCACAGGAUUGAACAUAUUUGAAUUAUAGACUCUUUUAAUGCCGAUAACCAUUUAACAUCAAGAAAAGUUGAAAAAACUAGUCUUGAAACUGUUUAAGAGUCAAGAUUGUUUUAUGCAAAAGAUCAUCUUGUAUUGACUUUAAUGGCAUUACUGAUUUAAUUAUUUUAUAAAAUGAGUUUCAGAUUCUCCUAGGAGAAUAUCAUAUUUUUAUUAAAUAUAUUGAUUCAGCAUCUCAUUUUUUUUUUCAGUCAGAUAAAACGAUCUUGCUCUAAUACUGAAGUAACUUUUGGGAAUUCCUUGUCAUUGCCGUGUCCAGAGAGUGAGGUAGAAGCUACUUGUUCUUCACUCCUUGGUCUGAUUUUUUUGCAUUGUGGACACCUUUGAGAGUGUAGGUGCAUGUCUAGCUGUCUUAAGAAAGUUUUGCACCAUACCUUGCAGCAGGAAAUAAGGAAGAGGGUUUUUACAUAAGGAAACAAUUCCUAGGAAUUAGAUUGAAGCAAACUGUAUUUGCUUUUGCACCUUACGAGAAUUUUGUGUAUAUAGCCUUUUUCCAAAACUCUGACAAGAAACUGAUCGACAGGUUGUGAAAUUCCUGACUUACACAUUACCUGAGGAAGCAGUGAUUGGUUUGUUUCUAUAUGUUCUCGUCGUCUAACUGACAUUAAGUCUGUCUCCUAGAACACAGAAAGGUACUAGUAAUGCACUGAAUUUUCAAGGGACAUAGAGAAACAAUAUGGAAUUCGUAAAUAUGGCUCCAACAGACAGGGUUGUGUGAGGAGAUUAAAGCAGUGAAAAAGAACUCAGUGUAAGAGCAGGCAAACCCAUAGUUAGAAAUAUUAAAGUAUAUUAGGAAUGAAAUUAAUGUAAUGUGAUCGCAUUGGAAUAAAUAGAUCUACUUCGUCCUACAAAUCAGGAAUGGUAUAGAGACAUCCAAAUUAAAAGAAAACAAUACAGGAUGUUUACAAAAAUGUAUACAGAUUUAUGGAUAUUAUCAGUGAGAAGACUUAGCAUGUAACUUCUCCUAUAUCUCUUCUGUCCAGCAUGUAUUGUUCCAAAUAUGACACCCUAAAAUAUAUACACUUCGCAGAAGCACUAGGCCCUCACCUUCAACCUUGCCAUUGGUUGCUGUAUUCUUUCAAGGUCAGCGUAGUUUCCCUCACUCUACACAAUCAUUAUUCUUCAAUAGUGGUUUGUGUCCUUCACCAAGUAUCCUAUUUAUAUAAUUAUCAGGAGGUUCACAAAAAAGGAAAUGGAGGAACUGGCCUAAUCUUUUGGGAAGAAUAGACAUUAUGCAUUCAACAAGGAUUUGGAACACAAGUUUGCAAGAGGUAUUUGUUUCAUGAGAGUAAUUGCAAAGUAAUAAAGAAAUUAGCAAUUUUUAAAAUAAAUGUUGCUCUGCUAGGAAAAGAAUCCCCUUGUGAAAAAUAUACAAAUUUGGCUGUAUUUCUCCUUGUCACUCUUGAUUCAAUGUGAUUAAAACUAUACCUGUCACUUCUAGGACCAAACAAAUCCCAAGCACAAACCUUAUUUUCUUUGAAAAAAUAAAUAAGAGGCUUCAACAAAAUGGGUCACAGGCUCCUUCAGCAUGAAAUUAUUUGAGCUUUUGUGGUAAGACCUACACACACACUCAUUGAUGGUUUCACAACACAGUUGAUGGAAUUUAUAAUCAUCAAUUACACUGAAGAUGUCAUGAUGGAAUAUAUUUAACCCAGUUAAUUGUGAAAAAAUAUGUUAGAAAUAUGAAUUUCCAACAAAAUUCUUUCAUCUCUUUCCAAUGGCUAGUCAUCAUUUAUCCUCCAGACUCAGCAAUUAGAAAACAGAGUUCCAACCACCCUAUUUGUAUAUAUAUAUAUUUUUCCCCAUAUCAUGCUAAGCAAAUGUUCACUGCAGUAAAAUGGUUUGGACAUUAGUUUUGUCUUAUUUCCAAUUCAAUUCAGAGAAUGAGUUGGAAAUGUUAAAAAUUUAUUUUACACACAUCAACCCGACAACAUUUUUGGUUUAGAGUACCGGGUAAAUGUUUGAUUAACUGCUGCUUACUUUUUAAGUAUAUAAAAACUGUAAUAGAAAAAGUCAGUAUUCACUGUCUAGAUUUUAUAAAAUAUUACCAAAUGUAAAAACACACAAUUAUCUAAUUUUUGACAAAAAUAUGAGCCGGUUUAAAUAUU